AUGAGUAGUGUUCAGCAGGGCCUUUCUAAAUUAAAAAAGAAACAUUUUCGUGUAAAACAUCAAAAAGUAAAAUUGUUCAGAGCCAAUGAGCCUUUUUUGUCUGUCUUUAUGUGGGGUAUCAACCAUACAAUUAAUGAACUUAUGCACGUUACUAUUCCAGUGAUGCUUUUGCCUGACGAUUUCAGGGCUUAUUCCAAGAUUAAAAUUGAUAAUCAUCUCUUUAACAAAGAAAAUAUGCCUUCCCAUUUCAAAGUAAAAGAGUAUUGCCCAAUGGUAUUUAGAAACAUAAGAGAAAGAUUUGGAAUUGAUGACCUGGAUUAUAAGGAAUCACUAACAAGGUCACAGCCAUUACCUGACGAUUCAUCGGGCAAAAGUGGUGCUAAAUUUUAUCUAAGCUAUGAUAAAAUAUUUAUAAUUAAAACGCUAACCUCAGAAGAAGUCGAAAGAAUGCAUUCAUUUUUGAAGCAUUAUCACCCUUACAUCGUAGAACGACACGGAAAAACCCUUCUACCGCAGUAUCUAGGUAUGUAUCGAUUGACUGUCGAUAAUGUAGAAACCUACAUAGUCGUAAGUAGAAAUGUUUUCUCGAAUCAUCUCAGCACACACAGGAAGUUCGAUUUGAAGGGAUCCACAGUGGACAGAGAGGCCUCGGAAAAGGAAAGAGAAAAAGAGCUACCGACUCUGAAGGAUAAUGAUUUUGUUAACGAACAAAUGAAGGUUACAAUAGGAGAAGAAGCAAAGUCAAAACUGAUGGAAACCCUUUCUGCAGACGUCGAUUUCCUAACCAAACUGCAUUUAAUGGACUACAGCCUACUGUUAGGCAUACAUGAAGUGGAAAGAGGAGAACAGGAAUUGCAACGUCAGCGCGAACUUGAAGCCGAAAAUCCUCAAGAAUCGGACGAGAGCGAGUCCGGUUCCGGUUUGGAAAACAGAACGAUGGGUAUCACGACGCCGCCCGAUUCACCGAACGCGUUCGGCCAUUAUCUACACCGCGAACACAGCCUCCAAUACGAAGGUUCUUUCAAACUGUACAAAGUAUAUCCGUACCUCAAACCCAAACGUAAACGUAUAAGGCUGUCAGGUGGCAUCAUUCCAGAAUUAGACAUUUACGCCAUUCCCAGUUCGGAAGCGGCGCCAGUCAAAGAAAUCUACUUUAUCGCCAUUAUCGAUGUGCUGACGCACUACGGGGUCAAGAAACAGGCUGCAAAAGCCGCCAAGACCGUCAAAUACGGUUCGAAUGUUGACGGAAUCAGUACCUGUGAUCCCGAGCAGUACGCUAGAAGAUUUAUCGAUUUCAUGUCGAAAGCCAUUGAGUAA